UAAGGGGUUAUAAAAAACCUACUGCUGUUCUUUUACCGCUGUAUGACUCGAGGAUUCACUCUAUAGGUUAGGAAUUCACGUGUUAUAACGAGGCAUCAACACAAAAGGAUUUCACAUAGUUUUUUCCUGAUCCAACUUUUCACUCUUCUAUUUACGAAUGUGUAGUAUGUUUCUUGGAUACAUCGUUUUAGAACGUUUUUCUAUGGAAGAAAAAGGCAACCAAAUCAUAGUUCAAAGUAAUUUCGACCAGAGACACACCUUUAGAGAAUCCUGAUCUCUGCCUUCACCGUCCGGGUGUCUUAAGUGAAGAAUUGGCUCCCUUCCCUGUCUCGUCUUCACCUCAUCAGUCUUCUUAAAUAUUCACAUUCCAUUCAUCUUGAUAAAAUGGUUGGAUUCAGACCUACGGACGUGCCCCCAACCGCUGCUGUGAAGUUUAUCGGUGCUGGAACAGCGGCCUGCAUUGCUGACCUAUUCACCUUUCCAUUGGACACAGCCAAAGUCCGGCUACAGAUCCAGGGAGAGGGGAAAGGUGCGGCAGCUAGUCAUGGCACAGCAGUGCGGUAUCGGGGCGUGUUUGGUACCAUCACCACCAUGGUGCGUACAGAGGGGGCCAGGAGCCUCUACAGCGGGCUGGUGGCAGGGCUCCAGAGGCAGAUGAGCUUUGCCUCUGUCCGCAUUGGCCUCUACGACUCUGUCAAGUCAUUCUACACCAAAGGCUCUGACCAUGUAGGGAUUGGCAGUCGCCUGCUGGCGGGCUGUACCACUGGAGCCAUGGCAGUCGCAUUAGCCCAACCCACAGAUGUGGUGAAGGUGCGCUUCCAGGCACAGGCUAGUUCCUCUGGGCCAAACCGGCGUUACCAUGGCACCAUGGAGGCCUACAAGACCAUCGCCAAGGAAGAGGGCAUGCGUGGCCUGUGGAGAGGUACUGGCCCAAACAUUGCCCGCAAUGCUAUCGUGAACUGCACUGAACUGGUUACAUAUGACCUAAUCAAGGACGUACUUAUUAGAAACACACCCCUGACUGAUGACCUCCCCUGCCACUUCACAUCUGCAUUCGGUGCAGGAUUCUGCACCACUGUGAUUGCCUCUCCUGUGGAUGUGGUGAAGACGAGAUAUAUGAACUCUGCCCUCGGCCAGUACAGCAACGCCCUCAACUGUGCUAUUGCCAUGGUGACCAAGGAGGGACCCAUUGCCUUCUACAAAGGGUUCAUGCCCUCUUUCCUCCGACUGGGCUCGUGGAACGUGGUGAUGUUUGUUACAUAUGAGCAGCUGAAACGUGCCAUGAUGGCUUGCCGCCAAAACUACACCACUCCUCUGUAGACCUGGCAAUUGGCUGCAGUGGAGGGUGAUUCUGUGCUGAUGUGGUUGCUUUUAUUCAACAACAAAAAAUGAACAUACCUUUUUGUGGCCCUUGUAGUUUCCAUUUUUAAACCAUUUUUCACUCAAGUAUGUUCCUUCAUUCACCUUUCACUCAAGUGUGUUCCUGAGACUGAAAAGCUGUUCUUUCUAUUGUCUUUUUAAGCUCUAACUUCUGACAAUAAAAUUGAUAUUUUUAAUUGA